AUGGAGCUCUCUGUUCUCCUUGCCGUUGCAUUGUGCUUCCUAGCCAGCCUAAUGGUAUUUGCUCGAAGCUACAUUAGGCGAGCCCGUGCUCAGUCGACCAUCCACCACAUCGGCGACCCCGCUGUCGCCCACCAAGCACUCAUCCAGAACGCCGACGACUUCGCAAACCAGCCGGCGUCCAUCUUCCCCGCCUCCCUAGCCGUGUGGCGCAACGGCGAGCGGAACUACAACAUCACCACGGCGGACCACGGCCCGCACUGGCGAGCGCUCCGGUGCAACCUCACCGCCCAUAUCCUCCAUCCGUCGCGCGUCGCCUCUCUCGCCCCGCUGCUCCACGAGGCCGCCCAGGACCUCGUCGCCAACCUGUCGGCCCGAGCAUCAGCCGGUGCCGGCGGCGAGGUGGCGGUCCGUGUCCCCACCAACACUGCCCUGUUUGGGCUGGUCACCCUGCUGUGUUUCGGAGACAUGGUGGAUGGCCAGCACAGGCGCGCCAUGGGGCGUGUCGUGCGGGACUACAUGUACUUCGUCGGGGAGCUCAGCCCCAGGUUCGAUGGCUCCAUGCUUUCCAAGCUUGUGAACUGGAGGGCGUUUCUCCGGAUCUCCGCCCUGUUCGACAGGCAAGCCGAGCUGUACCGUCCUCUCUUCGCCGCACGGAGGCAGUCACGGUCCAAGGUUCGCGGCGGUAUGGUCCACCCAUACGUCGACUCGCUCCUCGAUCUCCGCGUUGCCGACGGCGAUGUCCGGCGGGCUCUCCGGGAGAGCGAGAUGGUGGGCCUCGUGUUCGAGUUCCUUGGUGCAGGCACGGGUACCAUCGCUGCCUGCGUCGAGUGGACGCUUGCCCACCUCAUCGACCAGCCUGAAAUCCAGGCCAGACUACGCCGCGAGAUCGACGACGAGACCACCCACGGCGCCAUGCUGUCCAGCAAGAGCCUCCGCGGCAUGCCGUACCUGAACGCCGUGGUAAUGGAGAGCCUCCGAAUGCACCCGCCGGUGUGCUUCAUCUUAGACAAGGCAACGUGGACGGAUCCCGACGAGUUUCGGCCGGAACGGUUCCUUGCCGGAGGCGAGGGAGAGGACGUCGGCCCGUUGCCAGUACCCAAGGAGAUCAGGAUGAUGCCGUUCGGUGCUGGGCAUAGGCACUGCCCCGGGGUGGGCAUGGGGAUGAUGCUCAUCAAGUGCUUCCUGGCCACGCUCGUCGGCGAGUUCGAGUGGGCACCGGCGGCUCAAGACUGCAGCGGCGGCGUCGACGUCACGGAGCUCAACGGGUUCUUAAAACUGAUGAAGAAGCCACUUUCUGCGCGUGUCACGCCGCGCACCUAA